AACAAAUCACCGUAUGCUGCCUCAAAACGUGAGGAUGGGUACAGAAGAAGCUAUUGACUUAUGCUUGGAACAGGAGUAUAUCUUCAUUUGUGACAAAUGCCAUGUUUAUUUAUUAACCGAAGAAAUGGCAUUCAACCACAAGAAAUGUAUAAAAAAAUCGCUCCCUGUAAGCAAACAUGUUACGGUUCCAGAAAAACACAUUUUAUUACAGCCAAUUCAACAACAAUUGAGUGUAGUAGAAAACAAUGAGAAUGAUGUCGCUACAAAAAAAUAUGGAGUAUUUCCUAGUACAUCUAGCACAUCAAAUCAAACUCUUGUUCAUACUAAUGGUCAAUGUGUCGAAGUUGUUGAUGAUGCACAUUGUGGCCCUGAUGAUGCAACUUCAGUCAUAGAAUUAAACAAACAACAAGCAUAUAUUCUCAUUGAUAACGAGGUAGCUGAUCAACUCACAGCGUGUGAAAAAAUAACCAUUGGCAAGCAGUCAAAACUGAUUCAAACUUCAACACCACAAGAAGCAUUACUCGAGAUUCCAACUACAAGUACAUUUACUGAAGAAGUACUUGACCCUUCUAAUGAACCGACUUCCCAGUGUUUGAGUUCUUAUAGUAUAGUGGAAUCAUGCAAAAAUGAAAUAAACGUUCUUAAAAGAAAAUAUGCUGAACUAGAAGAAAAAGUAAACAUUGACACAGCUGUCAAAAUGAAAAAACUGAUAGAAGAGAGAGAUUUUUAUCAGAGCCUAAUCCCAAUAAUGCUUAAACAACAUGAACAGAUGUGGAUUGAUUUUCUUGAUGCCGAAUAAAAGCUAAGCGAUAUGAUAGAAGAAGUUUUGUGUAUCCUGAGAAACCAAAGUAUGGAAUAGUAGACCGGUGGUUUACUAUUGGGCUUACAAUGUUUACAUACUAUAUCGAAAUUUACUCUUUACUCUUUACAUUAAUAAAAAAA